AAAGCAUACCAUUAAACAAACAAUGAGAACAAAGUUUAUCUAUGUACAAUGAUAUAAAUCAAAUAUUGCAGCAAAACUUACUAAGGAUACUAAACAUGGUGGCGCAAUGUUCAAUCCUUAACUUAUAUUAGUUAUCGACUUGAAAAAAGUUUAAAACAAACAAUCACUAUUUGGUACUCCGCAUGUAACAUGACAUAUCAACAUUUUUCGUAAGAAAAUAACUCUCAAAAUACCCUCUAUUAUUCCAUGUAAUCUCCUUUCGCCUAAAAUUAUGAAAAAAUGUCAUUAUUAUAUGCACUAUUCACAUAUACGGAGUAGUUAUUUCUAUGCCAUCUCUUCCAACAACAGAUUUACAUCAAAUUCAUAACGAAAUUUCAGCUCGAUAUACUCUCGUCCCAUGAAUACCAUCUUCUCUAUGACUUCUAAUCCCAAUGCCUAAACCAGUAAAACCACCACAAUUCAAUGUUCCCGCCAAAACCGUCCAUCAUCAAACAUUUCACCAACUCAUCUUCUUCUUUCUCUUCUCUCUCCCAAAACUCACCUCCAUCCCUCUCUCUCCUAGCAGACAGAUGCACCUCAAUGCAUCAACUCAAACAAGUCCACGCUCAGAUGAUCACCUCGGCUCGCAUUCACGACACCUACGCUGCCAGCCGGUUGCUCUCCUUCUGUGCCGUAUCGAAUUCUGGUGACAUCAAUUAUGCUGUAAAGCUAUUUAAUUACACCCAAGAACCCAAUAAUUUUAUGUACAAUACCAUUAUCAGAGCUCAAGCUACUACUGGAAAUCCCUCAAAUGCUCUGUUAUUGUAUGUUCAGAUGAGAAGGAUGAAAGUUUUGCCGGGAAAACAUACGUUUCCUUUUCUUUUGAAGGCGUGUUCGAAUAUGAAAUCGAUUAAUGGGUGUAAACAGGUUCAUUCCCAUGUAAUUAAACUUGGGUUGGAUUUGGAAUUGCAUGCUGUUAAUGGGUUGGUGAGGGGGUAUAGUGUUUCAGGAAGUUUGAGCGAUGCACGCCAAGUGUUUGAUGAAAUUUCUGAGAGAAAUUUGAGUAUUUGGACUAGUAUGAUUUGUGGGUAUGCGCAGAAUGAUAACUCAGAUGAGGCUUUGGUGUUGUUUAAUCAAAUGGUUGAUCAUGGGCUUGAGCCGAAUGGAGCGACUUUGGCUUCGGUGUUAUCGGCCUGUGCUCGAGAAGGGUGCUUGAUGAUAGGGGAGAAGAUUGAGAUGUUUAUGAUUGAAAAAGGUGUUGAAUUGGGGGUGAUUCUUGGGACUGCAUUGGUUCACAUGUAUGCAAAGAAUGGUGCUUUGGGUAAGGCAAGAGAAGUAUUUGACAGUAUGCAAGAGAAGAAUGUUGCAACUUGGAAUGCUAUGAUUCAUGGGUUGGCUGUUCAUGGGUAUGCUGAAGCAGCACUAAGGCUUUUCCGAAAGCUUGAAAUCGAGGGAAUCGUGCCUAAUGACAUUACAUUUGUGGCAGUUUUAUCUGCUUGCUGCCAUGGGGGCUUCCUUGAAGAAGGUCGCCAGUUUUUUCGUAUGAUGAAACAAGAUUACAAUAUUGAGCCGAAACUAGAGCACUUUAGCUGUAUGGUUGAUCUUCUUGGUCGAGAAGGGAAGUUGAUUGAGGCAGAGCAAUUGAUACGAGAUAUGAUAUGGAAAGCAGAUCUGAUUAUUUGGGGAGCUUUGUUGAGUGCUUGUAAGAAAUGUGGGAAUAUUGCUGUUGCUGAAAGAGUAGUAAAUGAGAUUUUAGCUUUGGAUCCUCAUAAUCACGGAGUUCGUGUUAUUUUGUCGAAUAUGUAUGCAGAGGCUGGUAGGUGGGAAGAUGUAUCGAGUCAAAGAAAGGUAAUGAAGGAAGGAAACUUGAAGAAAGUACCUGGUUGGAGUUCAGUUGAUGAUGGUGGUUAAUGUUCAUCAGAAUUGUACAUUUUAAGUUAAAAUAUUCAAGGUCUUUAAACAAGUUUUUAAUCA